AUAUUACGACGACAUCGCUUGCGCCCGACAGUUAGGCAGCAACAGUUUGCGGCUCUCUUUAGAGUGGUCGCGAGUCAUGCCGUACGGCCCCGGCCGUGUGGAUGAGAUUGCCGUACAGCGGUACCGAGACAUCCUGGAUCGAUGCUUGGAGGCGGGCUUAGAGCCCAUGGUUACAUUGCACCAUUUCGUACAUCCUCAGUGGUUCGAGGCGCUCGGAGGGUUUGAGCGCGAAGAAAAUAUUACCCUCAUCGCCACCUUCAACGAACCCACAUGCGCCGCCUUUACGGGGCAUAUAGUGGGGGUGCAUGCGCCCGGGCGGCGCGGCGCGGUGCGCGGCGCGGGACUUGUCUUGCUUCACAUGCUCCGAGCGCACAGUGCGGCCUAUCGGGCCAUCAAGCAGGAGCCCGGCGGGCAGGAGAUGCGGGUGGGGCUGGUGCACCAGAAAAUACGUUUCGAGGCCGAAGGCUCUGGCGCCCUCAGUCACGCGUCUCGCUGGACGGCGGACUGGCUGACCCACUGCUUCGGUUGGCACCUCGUGCACGAAUACCUGGCUACGGGGCGGCUGGGUAUCAAUUAUUACACACGAGUGGUGUUGGACUGGCGGCUGCGGUUCACGUGCCGUCCAGGGGAGGUGCUCACGGACAUGGGCUGGCCUGUCGUACCGGAGGGGCUGUACGACGCCAUUGCCCAUAGCGCCGAGCUGGGGUUGCCGCUGUACGUCACGGAGACGGGCAUUGCGGACGGCCGAGAUGACAGGAGAGCGCCCCUGAUUGCGGCUUACUGGCAGCAGGUAGCGCGUGCGGUGGCGGACGGUCAUGACGUGCGCGGCUUCUACUACUGGACCUUGUGCGACAACUUCGAGUGGCACCUGGGCUACAACAUGAAGUUCGGGCUUUUCGAGUGGACGGAGGCGCCGGAGCAUCCGCAGGUCAACGCCGCAGCGGCUGCUGCUGCCGCCGCCGCCGCCGUCAAGACCUCAUCAGAUGUCAUGACCGCUGUCAACGAAGACGACGAGUUGGAUCUUUUUGAGCGAGUCACUGAGCUAACCCCAUUUCGAGGUACCAUGGGUCCUAGCGCCGCGGCAACGGCCACGGUCACCAUCAUCAGCGUCUCCCAGCCAAGCUCGCUGCCAGCGACGACGGCGACCGGCCGCAGCAGUGCCGUCGCUCUCCUUAGCCCUGUCCUGGACAGCGAUGCAGACCGGGCGGUGGCGGAGGCGGAGGCGAGGGCAAGGCAUUGGCCUGGCCGGCGGCUGCGGCAAGGCUCUCUGGAGCUUGUACGGCGCUAUGCAGCCACGCCGGACGAGCUGUCGGCGGCGUGGUCGUCGCUGGCGGAAACCGUGUGGCCGCAUGUGCCGUUGCCAGCGGGGCUGCGGCGACAGGUGGGGGGAACGGCGCUGUCGCCGUCAUGGGGUCCUGAUGUGCGGCACGGCGGACUGGGGGCGCUGCAUCAGAGUUUGCGUGCGGCACAAGCAGCUGUGGUGGUGCCGUUGGUGAAGGUGCUGGCGGGGAUCACGCGGGAGUUGGCAGCAGUGGCAACGUCAUGCAAAUUAGUGAAUGCCAGCGUGAUAACGCCAGAACGCAACACUAAAGCCUAGAAACGAUGCCAACUUAUGGCAACUGCCAGCUGGCCAAAUCACAAUGUUAUCGCUGACCAUUUCCGGUUCCAACGUAAAUGGCCCGCGGGAACCUUGGGAAAAAACAACGAAUCGAAUCGCAAUAAAAGAAAAAGACCCUUGCCGCUGAUGCACAAAAUGCAGGCGGAGCAGCGGGUUUGGAUGAAAUAUUGAUACAGUUGGCAUUGUGCCUUAAUCACAAGUACGUUACCUACUCUGCUGGGCUAGGCUGGCGGAUAUCACUAGUCUGUCCUGAUACACAACUGUCGAAAGACAACCUCUUGGGGAUGAUUAUGUCACUAAGCUCGUUUUCUCACUUCCUCUUUCCCUCUCUUCACAAUCGUGGCAGCAAACACGCUCAAAACUUCUAGGCAAUACAAAUCGGAAAACUCCAACCUCGUUAGGUAUCUAACAGCCUGAUUCCUGUAGGGCUGCGUCUGCAUCGUACUUAGCGCU